CAUAACCAUGAAAGCGACUAGACCAGAGCGGCCCAGUGCUCGAACCGCCAUCAAACCGGGUUUAAACCGGUUCGACAAAAUUGAUAUGUCCACAUUUCCGAUAGAAAGAUAACGUUGACUAACGGGGCCGUUAAUAGUUCCGGGUUGAAAAAGGAUCCGGAGACGGAGACGGAGAAGGAGAAGGUAACCUUAUCGUCGUUAACACAUACGGUCGCUGACGUCACCGCCGGUCACCAAUGUCAGGCCACUUAUCCCCUUCCCGUUUUCUCCUUCUCACCAGAGCCAAAUUCUCUCUCCUUAUCCUACACCCCUUCCCCCUCCGGUGCGCACGUUAGCAUCUCUCCCCCUCCUCUCCCUUCUCUCCGAUGGAAACGACUCCUCCUCCUCCUCCUCCUCCUCCUCCCCCGCCUCCGUCGCAGCAGCAGAGCGGCGGGUCCCAACGUCCGUCGGCGGGAAGAGAGGACUGGUGGAGCGAGGACGCGACGGCGACGCUGAUCGAGGCUUGGGGGGACCGAUACGUGAAGCUCAACCGCGGGAAUCUCCGGCAGAGCGAUUGGAAGGAGGUCGCCGACGCCGUCAAUUCCGGCCAUGGGAAUGGGAAGCCGAAGACCGAUAUUCAGUGUAAGAACCGGAUCGACACGCUGAAGAAGAAGUACAAGGCGGAGAAGGCCAAGUCCUCGCCGUCGACGUGGCGGUUCUUCCCCCGCCUCGAUACGUUGAUCGGUCCGGUGUUGAAGAAAUCCUCCACCGCCGGCGCCAGCGGCGCUGUGAAAUCGGCGCCGUUGAUUUCGAGGCUGAAACCGACCGGAUCGAAAUCGACGGACAGUUCUCUUGAUGACGACGACGACGACGACGAUGAUGAUGAAGACGAUGACGAGGCAGGUGACUGGGGGUUUGUAGCGAGGAAACAUCGCCGGGUCGAGGAAGUAGAUCUGAGGGAAGGAUCGGCGUGUAGGGAACUAGCGAGGGCGAUUCUGAAAUUCGGGGAAGUGUACGAGAGGAUAGAAGGAGAGAAGCAGCAGAUGGCGAUAGAAUUGGAAAAGCAGAGAAUGGAGAUUGCAAAGGAGGUAGAGUUACAAAGAAUGAACAUGUUGAUGGAGAUGCAAUUGGAGCUGGAGAAAUCGAAGCACCGGAAACAUGAAACUGGUUCAGGUAAGAAGUUGUAGGAUUGGAUAUCGGUGGGAAGGAACUGCUGUACACUGCAAGAACACAACGCAAGAAGGAGCUCUGGCUACAUGCCAUGCGUGGAUCUAAAGUUACCGAAAUUGGAGAAACCCUAAUUCGUAGGAUAUCCAAGACAACUCCUCUCAGGGAUGAUGAUGAUCAUUAACCCAAAACCCUAAUUCCUAGUGUUGUAGGAAGUACAUUUGCUGUAUUUAUGCAGGAUAUUUUUUUCUCCCAAAGGAACCCCUCUUGUUGUUAUAUGACAAUGCAAAGAUUAGCUUCUGUGAAAUUAUGAAUGUAAUAUGUGAUUCAUGACUGUUCCCAAGAUGUGUUAUA